AGAGAAAACAGAGGAAUCCCUUCCACUUGUGCCGGCGCAUUUCUCUGUAUUAAUAUUUUGCCGCGCCAUUUUCAUGCCCCACUUUUACCAACGUUGCACUCACACGUUAAAACUUCAUCUGUUCUGUUUUUUUUUUCUGUUCUGUUUUUUCUUUCUGUUCUGUUUUCAAAUCCAUUUUUUCAUCAGAUUUUUCUUUUGUUCUUUCGUUUUCUUCUUUCAAUGAAGAGCGAUUCCAAUGGCUCUGUCUCUCCUUAUUCUCCCAAACCCAGAACCCGUCUCGUCAGUUCUCGGUUCAUGUCUCCAAACUCGACCGCUUCGCCUGAACCUGGUUCAGGCUCCCCGCUCGGCCGGUUCAACCGAUUGGCGAGGAAAGACUCCACCACUCUCGCCGAUCACAUUGGCAACGAGAGGCUCAAAGAAAGGGAAGAACACCACCAACAUCAGAAUAAGAAACCCACAAACAGAACAGGCUCUGUUUUUUCUGCUCUCACGAAACAGAGAAGCUGCAGGGAGUUCAGAAACAACACCAAUUGCUUAGAAGAAAACGAUCAAGAUCGAGAAGUUGUUGGUAGAACCACGAAGAAUGGUGUCUCCGGAAAGUCUCCUUCUCCUUCUCCUGUGGUGAAGAAACCAAGUUCUUAUUUUGAUCCAGCGAGACACUCUCUGGAUGAGAACACCUUUAAGGGAAGCUUUAUUUGUGCUCAGAAUUCAAUUGAUUCGGAAUCGGAAAAUACGAGUUUGGAUUCUGUUCCUCUGGAAAGAACAUUGAGUUCGAGGAAAUUGGGUAGGGAGGUUUCUUCUAAGUACAUGGCAGCGUGUGGCAGAAGAGGAGAAGCUUCCGAUUCAGACCCUCUGUCUUUUGAUGAUUCAUGGAUGAUGAAGAAGAAUAUCACCCAGAAAGCGGUGAAGAAGGCUAAUUCGCUUAUUGGGUACAUGAGUUCCAAGUCUCAGUGGGCAUUGUCUCCAGGGAGAUCAGGAUCACCGCCUUUGUCUUUGGAAAGCAAGGAUAAGCCAUUGUCGUUUUCGAGCUUGAAGCCUCCACACAAGCGAGUGGAGAAGAUUCUGAGCAUGGGUUUUGAUCUCUUCAGGACUAAGAAAUCUUUUUCUACGAGUGAGGUGAUUCAUCAGUUGCGCCUGCUUCAUAACCGGUUGAUCCAAUGGCGGUUCACAAAUGCUAGAGCUCACACUGUCAAUCACUCCAUGUCUCUUCAGGCUCAGAGCAAUUUGAUAAACGUUUGGGAUGGUUUGACCAAGUUGCGGCAUUCGGUGAUGCAAAAGAAGAUACAGGUUGAGAGAGAAAAACUCAAGAUGAAGCUAAAUUUUGUAUUGCAUUCUCAGAUGAAGUUGUUGGAAACGUGGGGAUGCAUGGAGAGACAACAUUUAGCUGCAAUUACCACAAUGAGAGAGUGUUUGCAUUAUGUUGUAUGCAAAGUUCCUCUCUUGGAAGGGGCAAAGGUGGAUAUACCAUUAGUAUCCAUUGCUCAGCGUUAUGCAUCUGAUCUAACAGAUUCCAUUGUGUCAGUGUUAUCUAGUUUUUCACCUUUGGCUUAUAAAACAUCGGAGUUGAUAUCAAAGUUAGCAAGAAUUGUUGCGGAAGAGAAAUUGCUCUUACAAGAAUUUAAUGAUGUGUUCCAUGACAUAUGUGUUCUUGAGCUUAAAGAAAGGAGCCUAGUCUGCAGUCUCAUUCAACUUGAAUGUUAAAAAAGAAAUAUAUGAAAGCUGCAAUUAGUGUCAAAAGAUGACUUGGUAGGUAUUGAAGUACAUAGUUGAUCAGGAAAAUUAACAAAUGUAAAAACUACAAAUAAAAUUCAAUGGUAACAAACUAAGGAGUAUUGUAUAUAGAGGCUGUUAACAUAGAAUUAGCAUUUGUUCGUACAAUGAUUCUACCUCCAUAAUUAGAUUAUUUUUUGGCUGAGC